AAAACUAGCUUCUACAAGAAAUAUGUACACACGAAGCAGAUCUUCCACGGGCGGUCCAGGCUUCGGAAACGGCCGCGGCCAAAUGAAUUCUGGAAAUGCAAACAACUAUCAGGCUUCGAAUUCGCAGGAUCAAGUAGCUAUACAACAAUACCGAGGAGGUGUAUUUUGCCAGGGGCGAGCUCGCCGGUUGCCCUCAUAGCGAAACCGUUAGCCUCGGGAUGUAUCCUCGGUUAUAAGUAGAGCGGCUCUCGUGUCUUAUCGCGAGAGUCAGACUUGCAGGGUUGUAGAACGAUUCUCUGUCCGAAGCGGUGGCAACGGCUAAGACAAUUAUGACUUUGCUGAAUUGGUCUUUUUUAUUAACUCUCAAACUCGUGAGUUUUCAAAGAAACAUAAAAAGAUAGCAAUUCAUCGGAGUCAUCGAUUGGUCUGAGAAGAUGCGCCCCUAUGUGGAAAAUGAUUCGUCAUACGCAUGGGGAAAGAGGGAGCCUUUUGGGCAGUGGGUAAAGGCUAUCGGGGGGCAGCUCGUAGAGCAAGCACGAUUAUACGAUUGGCGAUCACUGGUCCCUGGUGGGAUUUCACAACCGUAGAGGUUCCUUGUGUAGCGGCGGAAAACCCACCCUCUGUUUUUACAGUACAAUCCGCAAGGCGGAAAUUAUGCGCAGUCCAACUACAAGCCUGGACUAAUUGAGCCUUCGGCGCCGUUCAAGCCAUCAGGCCAGUCAGCACCGCAACAUCAGCAGGGUAUGAAGCCAAGGCUGCCGCAGCAGCAGCAACAACAACAACAACAACAACAACAACAACAACAACAGCAGCAGCAACAACAGCAACAAGCUCCUCCGACUCCACGAUUGAAACCUAUACUGAAACAAAGUAGCCUGCCAUCCAGCAUUGCAGGAGGAACACCAACUACUGGCAGUGCCCAGCCGGCUGUGACGCCAUCACCGGUGCCACCACCUACCACAACCAUUACAGCAGCCGCAGCUGCUCCUGCUACUCCUGCUGCUGCUGCUACUGCAGAAUCUAAGACUACUGAUUCUUCAGGAACAACACAACAAGGGCCAACUACUAAGGAUGGUGAUGAUUCUCGAUGGGCUGAAGAUGAUUCGAGCAAGUGGGCCGAUACUGACGAACAUGGAGCAUGGAUGGAUACCGAAGAUGGCCAACAGGAACGACCCAAAUGGAGAAGAUUCAAGAAACUCGCAGGCAACAAACCGAACAAGAAGCUCAAAAGGCUGCGUAUGAAUCAAAGACUCCGCAAAGCUCUCAUGCCAAAGAAUGCGAUAAUGGUGUUGAACGAAAUGAAAGCUGGUGUGCACUUCACUUUCCCGGAGACUCAGGCAAUAAUGCCUAAUUCGUUGUUCCUCGUUCAUGCCGAGCUCGAAGGAAAAAUUUACGUUGGUCAAGGUCUAUCGAAACCGCUUGCUCGUCAGAACGCCGCUGAAAAUGCUCUCAAGUGUUUGCUCCUUGAGAAAAUGACUGCUGCAGCUAUGAAAGAACGCGUCGAUACCGACGGUGAGUCGACCACGACAAAUGCAACGCCGAUGGAGACAGGAACGGCGACAGGAACGGGCGACGAGUCCGGACAAGAUCAGUCACAGGCAGCCAAGGAAGAAAACGGAGGGGAGGAUGGAGCCGAGGAAAACGACGACGUACCUUGGAGCUCUCUGGCCAGUUUCGCCCUGUACAAACUCUUCCUCGAGUGGCAAAAUCAGGGAACCGUUGUUCCUAUACCACGACCGGGCGUUCCAGCUCCUACCAAAAACCGAGCGGAGCCAAAACCAUCUACCGAAAAGCAGUUGCCACCAAACGCUGCCGACAUCCAUCCCGUCAUGUUGCUCAACCAGAUGAGACCCGGCACGACUUACACAGAAGUCGGACGCAUCGGGACUCCGCCCAACAUACAAUUCACCCUUGGAGUCGAAAUCAACGGCAACACGUACACUGGAGCUGCGAAGAAUAAAAAAGAUGCGAAAAAGAUGGCUGCCAAAGAAGCUCUCAAGGCCCUCUACAACCUCGAUUAUCCCGAGGAAAUAAAAAUCGAUACUGCUGAUGGAGCAGCACAUUGAUUUUUUCAAUCGAAAAGUAUCUUUCUCCAAAUAGACUCUUACGAAGACAUAAAAACCCAAUUAAGCGUUCCGACAUAUACACACACAAUUAUUCAAGUCUCAAACUUAUAUACUUUUAAAAUUGAUAAAAAAAUUCGUUUAUAACGAACGCAUCGAUUAAUCAGGUAUAACUUAAAUUACUUUAUUCAAUUCUUUGCCGUUAUUCGGCAUAGUAUUAUUAUUACGCAAAGUUUAGACUCCUCUACGAGAUAUCGUAUCGUCUUACUCUUCUUCGGUAGUUACGACGACCUUUCAAGUUCCACCUCGUAUCUAUCGUUUCAACAAUGAAUUUUUGUUUCUAACCAUCUAUUUGUCAAUAUAAUAUUUUGACACAACUUCGAGAACUACGCGUUCAUAAUCGAGCAAUGAUUUUUAUUUGUAUAGAUUAUAGAUGUUAAACAUUUUGACCUGAUCAAUAAAUAUUACCUCUUCACGAA